AUGGCGCGCAAAGCAAUCCAAACAGACCAAAUCGUCAAACUUAUCGUCGGUGCUGGACAAGCCUCGCCCUCGCCGCCAGUCGGUCCCGCUCUGGGUUCCAAAGGUGUAAAGUCGAUGGAUUUCUGCAAGGAAUUCAACGCUCGCACUGCAAACUACGUCCCCGGCACACCCAUCCCAGCACGCGUGAUCGUCCGUCCAGACCGCAGCUUCACCUUCGAACUCCGCACACCACCUACCGCAUCCCUAUUGCUAGCCGCUGCCGGAGUCGAGCCCAAGAAAAACAAACUACGCGGUGCUGGUAACGUUGCGGGACCAAACUCUAGAGCUGGACUUGCGGGCGUGGGCAAAGCAUCAGGAGGUCAAUUGACGGCAGGAAACGGAGGUCUCGGUGUUGUGGGGACGGUGAGCUUGAAGCAUGUCUAUGAGAUUGCAAAGAUCAAGCAUUCGGAGGAGAGAUUGAGUGGCUUGACGCUCGAGGGUGUGGCAAGGAGUGUGGUUGCCCAGGCCGGCAGUAUGGGUGUUGUUGUUGUGCCUUGA